AUUGAUCAGGGAACUAGGCUUGUUUUCCUCGAUCACGUUUCAGCAAGUUACAGGUGCUGUGCUGGUGUGCUUUACUAUGUUACAUUCUGGGCCAUGGAUUUGGCUUCAUCCAGUCCCGUCCCAAAACUUUAUCAAUCAAACUUUCGCCGGUGUGGACCCACAUUUUGUGAGGUUUAUCUCUUCAGGCUUAAACCAACGGACCAAGAGAUUGCUGCUGUUCAGGUGGAUCCUCCUCCUCCAUUGAAUGAAGAUAUCCCAGAACGACCCACUGUAUUGUUCACUGUAACGGGUCCAGGGUCUGGGUUCAUACCCAACGUUGUCUUCACUAGGAUUCUUGCUCAAGUGUCUGUCUCGUUGCCAGAAUCAUCCUCACCAUCCCUUCUUGUUACCUAACUACGCAAGUUUGUUGCACUCAGCCGUUUAUGUGUUUUUUCUUUUUUUUUUUCUUUUUAAUUUGGAUAUAUUAGUUUAUGGCAAGUGUUUAACUGUAAUAAAAUGACUGAUGUCGUCUCA